GUAGUACUAUGCGAGUACGAGCACGCCUUGCGGUGUAUCGCGCUUCACGUUCCAGUUUAAGUCGGUCCGCCACGCAGUGUGCUGCUCGCGUGUUUUCCUUCAACGAUUUCCUACGACCAUAAGCGAGACCAUCGAUCGGCUGCAGUUGCAACAAUUCAUAAUUCUGAUAUCUAGUCGAAUGUCAAUAUCGGCAGUUCCACACGAAUUCUGCGAUUUGUUACAUUUUUAAAAAGAAGCUUGGAAAAGACGUAUUCGUGUUGAAGCGUAGAGAAAGUAUUGAAAAGUGUGUGCAGUUCAUUUUCAAAAUUAAAAGACAUACAAGCGACGUGAUUUAUGAUACUUUGAAAAAGUAGGUUCACCGCGCUUGAUGAGAAACGAUUAGAGCCGCUGGGGGUUGAUAUCGCGUGGGCGCAAAGUGGUGGGACUGAAAAUCAUCCAAACUGGGUGACGGCAAAGGAAAACACCGCAGAGUCAGAAUGGCAGACGAGACUCAGCAGGUUCAGCGAACUCGCAAGGAGAGAAAAUUCAUCAGGCACGUGCCGCUUUUAUUGAAAAUCCUAGAAGUGAUCCUGUCCGUGUUCGCAAUUGGUUUGAUCGUCGAUCCGAUGAAUUCAUUCUACAAACUUUCAAUCAGGUCGCGUUUCAAGUUGGACGAUGCUGCGAUUAUAUACAUAAGUAUCGCUGGCUACCUCAUAAUCAACACGCUCUUCAUCAUUUGUCAUAUAUUGGGCGACAGGAUUCCAAAGAGGACGCUGAUACUAUUCUCCUCGCUUGGCGCGCUGCUGCACGUCGUCGCUGGAAGCGUAAUUGUCUACAAUUGGAGGAAGACCCUCGGCCCUUAUGGUUACAGCAACAACGAAUUCUACCCGAGCAAACAAUACAUGGACAUGCUCAUAUCGGGGGCGGUGUUCACAUUCGCGAACGCCGUGGUCUUCAUCCUCGAGGUGUUCUUCAUCAUCAGAAGUUCACCGAAAGACACUGAAUGAGGACGACGAAACAAUUUCUAUGAGGAAUGUAAGGGGAACCUGUAAAAAUUGCGUUUAAUCCUGACAAUCGAUUCGUCGGUAGGAGGAACGUUGCGAUUUAAUAGAAAUAAGUAAUAAUCUGAGAAGCACGUCCCGUUUACGUCACAUAUUUUUGAGACGGGAGUUUUGACAAACGGAUUGAAAAAAGUAUCCACCACAUGUGUCCGAGAUUGCCACAGUUGAAAAAAUGACAG